UUUGGUUUGUUAUUUUUAAAAUGUCUCAAAAAUGUUUAGGUGGAUUCUCUAUAUCUUUUUGACAGUGUUCUGUAUUUCUUCAUUUUUGCAAUCCGCUCCAUGUUACACUGAAGUUCAAGCAGUGCAUUACUACUCAGAGAGAUAUUGUUCCUCUUCGUGGUGGGGCUGGUGUACACGUCAUAGAUAUAGGACACGUGCCAGGUACAGUCUCAGAAGACGUUGCUGUCAUGGAUACACCGGAAGUAACUGCGAUAUACCGAUGUGCAGCUGCCAAAACGGGGGUGUUUGUGUAGCCCCUAAUGUUUGCAGCUGUCCUGCAGGAUAUGCAGGAAACAUAUGUCAAACACCAAGAUGUCAUCCUGCUUGCAAGCAUGGACACUGUGUCAGCCCAGAUAGAUGUAACUGUAACUUGGGAUAUACGGGAGCUGCUUGCUCUCAGCCUUUAUGCAAUCCACCCUGUCAGUCAGGAGGAACCUGUGUUAGCAUAGACACCUGCCAAUGUCCAUCAAACCAAGCAGGACCCCAGUGUAGUCAACCUUUGUGUAAUCCUGCUUGUUUAAACGGCGGAGUGUGUUCUUCUGGACACGUUUGUGAUUGUUCUGGUACCCACUACACAGGAUCCAGAUGUGAAAUACCUGUGUGUAACCCACCAUGUCAAUCAGGGGGAACCUGUAUCAGCCCAAAUACUUGCCUUUGUCCAUCAAGUCAUGCUGGAACCCAAUGCGAUCAGCCUUUGUGUAAUCCGGUAUGUCUGAAUGGCGGAGUGUGUACCGCUUCACACACUUGUGACUGUUCAGGAACCCAAUAUACAGGAGUAAGGUGUGAGAUACCGAUUUGUAGUCCCGCCUGCCAAAAUGCCGGAAUUUGUGUCAUUCCAGACAGAUGUGCCUGUACAGAAAGAUAUACAGGGAAGAAAUGCGACAUCCCUGUGUGUAAUCCUGAAUGUGUGAAUGGUGGUGUUUGUUCCCAAAUACACACUUGUAACUGCUCCGGUACUCCCUACACAGGAAUUAAAUGUGAAACACCUGUAUGCAAUCCAACAUGCAAGAAUGGUGGCACAUGUGUUUCUCCCAAUAUAUGUGACUGUCCUGAGACAUAUAGAGGAGCAUAUUGUGAAAUCCCAUUGUGUUCCUACCAUGAUCCCUGCUUUCCUGGCGUAUGUAGCGACAUGCUCAAUUGCAGAUGCACUCACGGAUUUUCUGGGGAAGGAGGAUUAGAAAGAUGUAAAACAUUUGAUGCAAAUAAUAUCCCAAUCAUUACAAAGUGUUCGUCAGUUCUUAGAAAUAUUGAAAGGACAGGUGAAAAGAGGGAAAUGUAUCAAUAUGUGACGGACUCGUCGGAGCCAAAUUCUAUGAAAACGGACAUGCUUUGGCUAAAUCAAAAAGACUUCAACUAUGUUAAUGUUGAAAUCACUGCAAUGUAUGUACCACCCGAUGAAAUUUCAACACCUGCAUACGUCAAGGACUUUGCAUUUGGGAUUGUUGCAGCAUAUUUGGAGAUAGCUUUGUAUAAAGUGCAUAGAAAUUCCUCUGACAAAUUCUUUGUCAGUAUAAAUAGUACAACAUAUCCUUGCCAAAACCAGCCUGGGUCUCUCCGUCCAAACGAGGCUGUGUAUUCUUGCAACAUAAUACAUCAUGACUUCGAUCGUCUUUUGGAGGAUGGCGAUAAUUUAACAUUGACUGCUAUUGUACAAAAUGGUGGAUAUCGUGCUUUAAAAUCUACACCUUCCACAAACUAUUUCGACCUUUUUAAGGGCCGUAACUCAAGCAAAUCAAUGAUGUAUAGAUUCGAUUUUCGGAAACCUCAACACUGUAUACAGGAUGCAAAUAAGUGUUCGGUGAAAGCUUUCACUGUUCAGAAUGAUAUUACUAAGGACCCUAUUCAAAUUUCAUGGGAAGGAUGGACUGAUGCUCUCUCCGGGAUAGAGAAGUACAUGAUUGAGAUAUAUCUUCUGAAACCAGACCAGAAUUUUAAUCCUAGUUUGACUGAACCAGAUCCGUGGAGUCCAUCCCAUGUAUUAACAUUUAACACUUCAAAGAGAGGAUGUACAUACAUUCCUCAAAAACAAGGAAUGUUUUCCUUUAUAUUGAAUGUCGUAGACAGAGCUAAUAACUCGGAAUACGCAAGGAUGCUAGUACUUUAUGACAACACAUCAUCAAUAACUAUAGACAAUUCCUCACCCAUGAUUUCAUCCAGUGCUGUUGCACAGACAAAUUAUCAAUGGCAGAAUAAUUUGACCAACGAUAUAUCAAUCUCGUGGAAAGGACAUUUCAAAAAUACAUUUCACGAAGAUAAUAACCUUCUCAGUCAGGUCGCUGAUUUCAAACAUUAUGAUCACGAUAAAAAAUUUCAUAAGGUUGUCCUUAAUGCAUUCGACGACAACGAUGGAGAAAGAACAUUAAAUGCUAUACAAAAUGUCCACGGAAUCGUUAAAUUCGAGUACGCAUAUGGUAACGCAAACCAAGGAAAUCAGAACCCAAUAAACUUUCAACCCGUAAAUGACUUAACCCAAACAUUAUCUUUCUUUGCUCAAAGACGAAAUGGAGAUACAUUAAACAUAUGGAUCAGAGCUACUGAUUCUAUGGGCAAUAGGGAAACCGAUAUUAUGCAUGUAUAUUUCGACGAAACACCGCCAACAGCCCUGUCAAGUCGCAAUGUCCAAUUCAUACCUAAUUUAAAUAAUUCUAUGUACCCUUUUUCUAGCCGCUUACGAAUCGAUGCUAAUGACAGGGAGAGUGGUAUAUUAAGAAUUGAUUGGCAAUUCAUAUCCAAUCACAGUAAUACCAUUUUCAAAAAUGGAUCAAUACCUGGGAAUAAAACUGAGAAUUUGCCACAUUUUGGCGAUGGAUACAAGGUUCCAAUGGGAGAUUUUUUUCUGUACAGCCAUUAUCUUGAUGUUAAUAAUUGUUGGAUGGCUGUACCCAAGAAAUCCUUUCAUAAUGACUUUCUUAAAAUAGAAGUCAAAGUUUACAAUAGAGCUAUGGAAUCGACGAGCUUUGAAAUGACGGACGAUACUAGUGUGCGUCUGCGGUGGACUUUGUCCCCUACUUGCUAUGAAAGAACCAGGAUAAGUCUAUCUGCUAUUUCAGAAAAUGGAGAACGGUUUUCUCGUGUUGUUGACAAGGAUGCCGAUCACUUUGAUCUUACAGGACUUGUGUCCGAAACAACGUACAAUUUGUCUUUUGUAACAGAAUAUGGAGACGAGAAAAGCAAUCCAGUAUUUUUAGUUUUCAGAACAUCGUUAAUAAACAUAGCUCCUUCUCUGACUGAUGCUGAAAUUGCAGGGAUAUCCAUAACGACAGGUUUUUAA